AGAGAAGGGUUCUGGCAAUUCUACACGGCAGAGUGAGACGGCGUUAUCCUUUGCCUUUCAUGUGGAACGGCGUCUGCCCCAUCCGUCCCACUGCACCCCACUUGAACUCAAACUCCAAAACGCACCGUCUGAAGCAUUUUCGCUUCCCCCAAAUUCAACCGGUUACAAUCGUUUUGCUCGGCGAAUGAAACCCUAGGACUGUGAUUUAGAGAGAGAGAUGGGAAGAAUAGCUGUGGCAGUGAUUGUGAGCUUGUGGGUCAUUCCCGUUUCCUUCCUUGUUAAUCGCAUAGUUCCUGAGCCUUACAUGGAUGAGAUAUUCCACGCACCUCAGGCUCAACAGUACUGCAAAGGAAAUUUUAGAAGCUGGGAUCCAAUGAUUACCACUCCUCCUGGCCUGUACUAUCUUUCACUUGCCCAUGUUGCUUCUUUGUUUCCAGGCAUGUUCCUUAUACAAGCAGACUCAUCAUUUUCUGAAGUCUGCACCACUGCGAUUCUUCGAUCUGUAAAUGGUGUUUUGGCGUUAUUAUGCAGCAUUCUUGUAUAUGAGAUAAUCACCCACUUGAGACCAACUCUUAGUGAACGAAAAGCAACAAUUAUUGCAGUGGUCCUAGCCUUAUAUCCCCUCCACUGGUUUUUCACUUUUCUCUAUUAUACAGAUGUUGCAUCGCUUACUGCAGUGCUCGCUAUGUAUCUUGCGAGUUUAAAGAAGAGUUACUGGUUCAGUGCAUUGCUUGGUGCCUUGGCUGUUGUCAUUCGACAGACCAAUAUAAUAUGGAUGUUUUUUGUUGCAUGCAUUGGGGUUAUAGAUGCUACUCUGACCCAUGAAAGAGAUAAAAUAGAAGUAAAUGAAAAUGAAAUUGAUGCAGCAAUCAGGAAAACUGAUAGAUUAACUUCUAAAAAUAAUGUCACGUGGGGCUUGAACUUGAGAAAGCGAAAGUUCAGUAGCGCUUUGGAUACUGAUAAACAUUCUAUACCAAGUACAAGCAUCUUUUCAGCAAACCACAUGUCAGGUUUGCUUGAUGAGGUUCAGGUCAUCUUAUUAAGAUCGUGGCAUAUGAAGUGGAAGCUUUUGGUUUCCUUUAGCCCUUUUCUCAUGGUAUUGUUGGCUUUUUUGGCUUUUGUCCGUUGGAAUGGGAGUGUAGUUCUAGGUGCAAAAGAAGCUCAUGCAGUUUCACCUCAUUUUGCACAGAUCAUGUAUUUUGGUCUGGUUUCUGCUCUUGCUGUGGCUCCUCUGCACUGCAGUUUAGGUCAAAUCAUAGACCUGUUCCAGUCAUUUUGGAAGAGAAGGCCUCUUAGUUUCUUUCAAGUGUUAAUGGCUGUCAUUGCUGGCUUCUUCUCUGUGCACUACUUCAGCAUAGCUCAUCCCUAUCUUCUGGCUGACAAUCGACAUUAUCCAUUCUACCUCUGGCGCAAGGUCAUCAAUGCUCAUUGGUCAAUGAAAUACCUUCUGGUCCCACUCUAUGUUUAUUCAUGGUUUUCAAUCUUAACCGUAUUGGGGAAAGUCCAGAGGAAGAUAUGGGUGUUGGCAUUCUUCUUGGCUACUGCAGCAGUUCUGGUUCCUGCUCCACUGAUUGAGUUCAGAUACUAUACUAUACCAUUCUAUUUCUUGAUACUUCAUUCCCCUAUUACUGAUUAUCAAAGCUGGCUUCUCAUGGGGUUUCUAUAUCUAGCCCUCAAUGUUCUCACAAUGAUGCUUUUUUUGUUUCGGCCUUUCCAUUGGAGCCAUGAGCCUGGCAUCCAGAGGUUUAUAUGGUAGAAAGUUUCUAGGAAAUGCUAAAGGAUUCAUCAGAUCUUUACACACGUCAUUUUUGGGUAGUAUUAUUUUUUCAUCUAUGAAGGGAUUUUCAUCAAGAAAUUCUUUAUUUGAAUGCUUCUUUUUGGUCUUUCCCCUUAUUUAUCUCACUGCAGCUGUUCUUUAUUAGCACCUCCAACAGGCACCACCCCAGCAACCCAAGAUCCAUUUCACAUAACUUAAGCCCAUCCUCACCUUGUAGUUUCUGAUCAUAUUCACUGUCGGCUCCAGUCGUCAGUUCUCUCCUACUCACGAUUUCUUUUCAAACGAUAUUUCCAGUUGAAUUUUCUGGCAAGAAGCACUUCAUUCGUAGCUUCAAGUUCGGUGGGGUGGGCAAAAAACCGAGUUUCGGAAAUCCAACCCAGCUCCUGCCCGUGCGAGUCGGAUUUUGGAAGGACUUAAUAUUUUCAAAAAAAAUCGAAGCUGAAGUCAAAAUAUGUGUAGGAUUUUUGUUCAAUUAAGCAUUCAUAUGUGAGAGGAUUUAUUUAAUUGCAUUGAGUGAAGAUUUUGGAUUUCUUUUUUAAAUUUAUGCAAAAUAUUUGUUUCUUUUUU